ACACGUCUGACGCGUUCAUGUUCCUUUCACGUGCCGGAGUUGCCCCGUUCGUAUCGUUGUGUGUAUGUUGUGAGAUUUACACACCUUUUCGACUUUAUAUAGAUCAAAAUGGUCAGCAGUGGUCAACCCAAGAAGGACCUGCUAUGGUUCGACAAAGCCACUCACGAUGAUGCGGAACGCAAGCACUACGAGCGGCUUUCGCGGGGCUUCGCGACUCCAUCUGCUACGCCGGCAUCGUCCGUGGCCAGCGAGAUCGCCAAGGCUAGGCAGCAGAUUCAGAAAUCGCUGCAGGCCGGAGGCGCGGGGGCUGGUGGCGAUGUCAUUUCCAAGGUCUCCGUCAUCGAGCAGGAGAAUGCUGAACUCAGGAAAAUGUGCAGCGACAUGUCAGAAGUCAUCAAGAAACUGGAAUCGCGUCUGUCAGCGCUGGAGCUGAAGGUGAAUGGCUCUGCAGCACCUGCUGACACCAAGCUUGCCUCAGCUCCUGCUGCUGCUAAGGAUGACGAUGAUGAUGAUGAUGUGGACCUGUUUGGUAGUGAUGAUGAGGAAGAAUCUGCAGAGGCAGAGCGUAUCAAGGCUGAAAGGGUGGCUGCGUAUGCUGCCAAAAAGUCUAAGAAGCCAGCCCUCAUUGCCAAGUCCUCAGUGCUACUUGAUGUGAAACCUUGGGAUGAUGAAACUGACAUGGCAGAGUUGGAGAAGGUGGUGCGCACCAUUGAGAUGGAUGGUCUCCUCUGGGGCGCAGGAAAGCUCGUACCUCUGGCCUUUGGCAUCAAGAAGCUCACCAUCAUGUGCACAGUAGAAGAUGACAAAGUCUCCAUUGAAGAACUCACAGAGAAGAUUGAGGAGUUUGAGGAUUAUGUCCAGAGUGUUGAUGUUGCUGCCUUCAACAAGAUUUAAAAAGCUGUGCCUGUGUCCUUACAUAAAGUAUGACUUGACCAGGCCUUUCAUAUCUAUUUUGUGGUAAAUCAAUCAAUUCCACUGGAAAGUUCAAAGUCUUUUGUAAAGCUGUUGAUGCCAUUGCAAUAAAAAUGUCAGUCAUUGUGCA